AUGACUUUGUACAGCACAAGUGAACCUCCAGAAAUUUCAACAAUUGUCCCCUCGGAGUUCCCAGUAACAAUAUCAGAGAGAACUACACCUUCUCCAGAUCAUAGCAGUACAGUAACAGCAGGGAAAUCCACACCGGAAGACUGUAGAUUGCCGGGCUUCUUAUACAGAGGAAAACAACGUGUAACAAAGUCAGGGAUACUGUGUCAAAGAUGGGAUGUGCAGAGCCCACAUGAACAUAAUUAUUUCAUAUUUAGUCUUGCACAAGAGAACUACUGUAGAAACUUUGACAGAGAAGAACCAUGGUGUUUCACUACUAAUUCUAGCGUUCGCUGGGAACUUUGUGGUGUGGACAUUUGCUCUUCACCAUGUCUAAACAGAUCUGUUGACACUCAAAAAAUAGCAUCUCAGUGCUUUGCUACUGAACCAACUGGUAUUGAAUUUUGCAGUCGCUUGUGGAGAAUUGUUGGAUGUUUGAAGAACAGAAUUGAAAUUUCUACGGAUAUUCAAUGUUCUGGGAUUGAAUUAAGAUCCAUUGCUUUGCAAAGACAGGAUAUGUUAGAAAGGUUAAUGGGAAGGUCAAUCUCCCAGUGUAUUAAAGCUCCGUGCGCAGAUUCACGUUUGGUAUCUUUUGAAAGAGUAGUUGUCUUGGCAUUUUUUUGCAUAGUAAAACACCCCAUGGAGGAGACAACUUCAGAGACAUUGUGCCGGUAA